GUAAUCAUCGAGCAAAGGACUCACCUGGCCGUGGCCGUCCUUCCGCACGACGGUUAUCUCUUCUGUGCCAAUGUCAUCAAGUGUUCCCAGCACAUACCCUUCUUUAGCAUCCGGCGCCCACACUUGACGACCGAAAUCCCGAUUCAUCUCUGGAAAGAAUAA